AGUUUUUCGUGUUAUUAACAUCGAUAAUGAGGAAAAUAAAGCUAAAGGCUGUUCCAAUAUACAAUCUCAUCAUCCAUAUUCAUUGACAUCAAAUUGUUCUAUUAGUACAAGUUACAGUUCUAUUGUGAGCAAUGAUGAUGGAUUUCUAAAUGAACUUGAUGAUAAAUUUGAUGAAAAUUCAGAAAUGCCAUUCAAGUAUACAAAUCUUAUCACUAAGCCUUUAAAAAUUUCAACUUCUGAAAAUUUAGAAAAAAAUAUAGAUGCUAGUACUUUUGAGUCAUGUUGUGUAAAAUCAACAUUACAGCAGAAUGAAGAUAAAAAACUUGAAGAAUCAAAUUCAUCAUCAAGACAUAAUACUAUUGAAGUUAGGACAUGUAAUAAACGUUUAGAAGCAGAAACAUUAUCUUGGCCUAUUAAUUAUAAGAGAAGAAGGGAUAUGAAAAAUGAUAAACAUUGUAAAAGAUCAAUCUCGCUAAAUGAAGUUGCAAUAAUGAAUGCUGUGCAACGCUCUAUACAAGAACCAGACCUGAUUGGUGAUUUUUCAAAGCCAUAUGCUCUUCCAUUAGUUGAGGGAAAACAUGAUCUAAAGAAUAUAAUUCCUGAAACUGUAGCACAGUUAAUAAGAGGUUAUUAUCAAGAUAUUGUGAAGAGUUACAUUAUUAUAGAUUGUCGUUAUCCAUAUGAAUAUGAAGGAGGCCAUAUUAAAGGUUCAAGAAAUAUUUAUACAAAAGAGAGUUUAUAUUCUGAAUUCUUAUCUGGUCAAAAAGCAGAUGCUCAAAUCCAAGAUCGUAAUAUUCUUAUUUUCCAUUGUGAAUUUUCAUCGGAAAGAGGACCAGAUUUAUGUCGUUUCUUGCGUAAAAAAGAUAGAGAAAUAAAUAAUGAAGUUUAUCCACAUCUCCAUUAUCCAGAAAUGUAUAUUAUAAAAGGUGGAUAUAAAGCUUUCUUCGAAAACUUUAAGGAAUUAUGUGAACCGCCCACAUACAAGCCAAUGUUACACAAAGACCACGAGAGAGAAUUUCGCAGAUUUCGCCAACAAAAAAGGACAUUCCACGAGACGAGAAGAUCGAGUGCAAGAAUGGGUCUCAAAUUUUGACCACCGUUCAACACAUAUUAAUAGAUAAAAUUUCAUCUCCCCAAGAUGAUUAUUAAUAUUUUUACAUCUAUUUGAAUUUUACCAAAGAAAUUAUUUUAAAGGUAUUGCCAAUACAUCUCAUUUGUAAUGUUAUAAGUUUAUUUUUUCUUUUGUAUUAAUUUACAGAUCUCAAUAUUGACAUAUAUUUCACACCAAAGAUAUUACUUACCCAUAUGCAAAAUUUUUAUUUGUAUUUAAAUAGUAAUUUCUUAUCUGUGAUAAAAUGAAUAUGGCAUGAAAUAUUUCCAACUUUUAAAAAUAAAAGGUUAUCUACAAUAUAUGUAAACUGGCAUAGAAGAGAGAAAAUGAUCUUUAAUAAAAUAUAUUCUGUGAUAAUAAAAAUAUUCAUUGUGAAAUUUACUUUUCAAAAUAAAUAUUUAUAAGGAUAUAAGAGUUGGAUU